CUUUGACAUCCUGUCGGCCCUGAAAUCAGAAGCAAUAUAGGAUAAGCGCAAGUUAGACCGCAGCACCACCGUCCCCAGAUUUCCUACCCCAAGCUCCAGGCGAAACAGACGUGAGCACUCCCUGCUUUUUUGUUGCAUCUCUCCCGUACGUGUCUUCCUUCCUCAAUCUGAUUUUGAUGAUUCUGUUCCUCUAUUUGUGUUUUAGGAACUUUAGAUCAGCUCGCUUUCGCUUCAGGGGAUUUCAGCUGAUUCACUGUAUGAGCAGCACCGAUUCUACGCCGUCGCCGUUGGCCCCCUUGGACGACGAGGACCUCCUCCAAGAGAUCCUCCUCCGCCUCCCUGCACAGCCAUCCUCCCUCCCACGCGCCUCCCUCGUCAGCCCGCGCUGGCGCCGCAUCCUCUCCGACCCCAAGUUCCUCGCCUGCUUUCGGAGACACCACAAGAAGCCUCCACUCCUCGGCUUCUUCGCCGAAGAAUGGGGCAUGCCCACCGUCUUCAAACCAGUAGAUCCGCCCUAUCACAUCCCUGCCGAGCGCUUCUCCGUGCCCAAGCCCAGCAAACCCUACGCUAGCUGGGACUUGCUCGGAUGCCGCCAUGGCCUUGCCGUCCUAGUCAAUAUGUGGCAGCAUCGCCAGAUCAUUGUGUGGGAUCCCCUCUCUGGUCAACAACACCGCGUGAAUUUUCCAUCGGGGCUUCAUAAAAAUGAAGUGGCAUUCUGGCAUGCCUCGGUGAUGUGUGCUGAUGAUCAAGAUGGGCACGUGCACGGCGAUUGCUUCUCGAGCCCUUUCAAAUUGGUCUUGAUCUGGGUUGUCAGACACAAGCAACCAUUCGCUUGCCUCUACGAAUCCGCAUCCGGUGGAUGGGGAGAGAUUGUCUUCACGGACAUUACUGAUCGAAUUUAUUUCAUAAGUCCUGGUGUCCUUGUUGGGAAUGAACUUUGUUGGUUGCUUAGUGGAGUUGGCGUCCUAGUGUUUGGUCUUGCAGAUCAGAACCUUCGUGUGAUUAAGACCCCAUCAUGUAUUACCCUAUCCUUCGGAUCCGUUCAGCUCAUACGGACAAAGGAUAGUAGACUUGGCCUAGCAUACUUGUCUGAACUGACCAUUCAGUUAUGGGAGCAGAAACCAGACUAUGAUGGUGUUGUCAGAUGGGUUCUUCUGCACACAACCAUUCAACUGGAGGACCUCUUUCCACAGAUGUUUAUGGACGAAGAAAGUGUAAGAAUAAAGGGGUAUAAUGACAAGUAUGUAAAAAUAAAUGGGUAUGAUGAAAACACAAAUGUCAUUGUUCUGUCUACAAUUAGAGGUGACUUCACGCUCGAAGUUGACAUGAUGGAGAUCAAGCAUAUUAUUAAAAGAAAUUUCAAGUCUUCGAACAUCUACUAUCCCUACGCGAAUUUCUAUACCGCAGCCAAGGGAGUUGGAUGGAAGUGGUUGGAUCUAGAGCUGUGAACACAUGAGAUCUGCUGACGUUCUAUCUUGGAUGAACAAGAAGGUAUAUAUCCAGUUUUAUACAUGGGUUGUCUAGCAUGUUAUGCUCGAUGUUCAGUUUUCUCCUCCUCUGUUGGCAAAAAUUCUCAGGUUGCACAUCAAGCAUCAAGGUUUGCUGACAAAAAAAGCUUGUAUCUACCAACCAAGAGCAAAAGAGAUUGCGAAAAAUAAAUAAGAUGGACAUUUACCAUCGGUGCAGAACAUCACGCACCAUGUCGUAUAAAGAACAUUUAAUAAUUUCGUAUGUAAUGGCAUAUUUAAUCUUUGUCAAAAAAAGUGUGAAUUCAACUUUUCA